AUGUAUUCCACGCCCAGCGCCGGCAGAUCUGUCGAUAAUCUGGCCCCAUUGUCUCCUGGAGGCCGAGCAGACUAUCCUUUCCACAGCGGUCGAAUAGGCCAAGGCCAUCCGCGGCCGCACUCGAGACGGAGCUCCGUAGCCAGUUCAAUUCAUUCGAUAGGAGGAACAUUGGAUACAUCGCUGAGCGGCGGCUCCUCUGCUGUAUACGAAUCUGGACAGAAUGCAAUCUCGACGUUGCUGCAACCCCCUAUUGUCCGAACAGGCCUCCAGCCUCAUACAUCAGCGCCAGCCUCGAGUUCUCACAAGCCCCCCACCGCAAGGGACAUCCCGCCCGUUACAUUGACCAACAUACCCAAGGUUGACCCCGAAGAGUUUGCGCCCUACCUCUCCCAGAUUGGUGCUCUAUACGAACAACUUCGCCGCGUCAAGGAAAACGAGGAGGAGGAGAAUGCCAAUCGACGAGGCAGUAGACAAGACGAGCAGGCCGAAAGUACCAACACUGUUAGCUCUUUGCGUAGGCCAUCGGCGCUCAGCCGUAAGGCCACGCAAGGACCUCCGCCGCUGUCAACUAUCCCUACAGUGUAUUUUGACGACGACUUUCAUCUUGAGAAUCCCCGGACUUUUGAUGUUGUAAGCGAACGCUCCGAGGUCAUACAGAAGCAUAAAGAUGAGGGGAAUGGAAAUGCUGUGGUGCCGAGGAAAACACUGGCAACGAAUGCCAUCCUGCAAGAGAAACUCUCCUGGUACAUGGAUACCAUUGAAAUUCACCUUAUCAACUCCAUCUCAACCGCAUCGACCACGUUCUUCACGGCACUGGGAUCCCUCAAGGAGCUCCACUCUGAAGCAGCGGACUCGGUACAGCGAAUCAAGGCUUUGAGAAAGGAACUGGAAGCUUUGGAUGAGAGAGUGGCCGCAAAUGGCCUGAUGAUGGUUCAAAAACAACGACGGCAGGAGAACCUCCGACAGCUCAGCGACGCAAUUUGGCAGUUGAGAUUGGUUACCGAGGGCGUGGCUAACUGUGAGUCUCUCGUUGAUGCUGGUGAGGUGGAAAAGGCACUGGCCAGCAUCGACUCGCUGGAAUUGCUGAUAGCGGGCGAACGCGAAGAGUCUGGUGAGCAGGUCGAUAUGCCUCGAUUAAGAGAUUUAAGGUCUGCUUCGGUUCUACAAGGGGUCAAUUCGGAUCUCUCUCAACUUCGAUUUCGCAUCGGCAAGGCAUAUGAAUCUCAGUUCUCAUCCAUGCUUUCAUCCGAUAUUCGUCGGCAUUUUGAAACUUUCACAACGUCCGACGUCCUUCUUCGAUGGAGCAACGCAGCACCGAAAAGGGGCAACUACCCUAGGUCACCGUCUAUCUUUCCCACAUAUUUGGCGGGUACAGACGAAUUGAAAGCGCAGUUAUUGCCAGUAAUGACUGGUUUGCAUCGCGCAAAGCAUGUUGCAGUUGCCGCGACCGCUUAUCGUGAGGAGAUUCUUCGCGAAAUCAGAAACUUGAUCCGCCGCCCGCUCCCAAGUUCCAAUGACGAUGACAACAUGUCCAUGAUGUCAGUUUCUACCGCGAGCGGAGGUAGACACUUGUCGAGCCAGGAGAAGUCUGCGAAUUUGGCCCGCAAUCUACGGUCAUUGGAUGCAGAAGACGCAGAGGCACUUUUUAUAAAGAUAUACACUGAUCAGCCCAAUGGCGAUGGACUCAAAUCGCCCCCGAUUAGAUCUCCCUUGCCUAGCCCUCGAUAUGAUCGGCAAAUGAGCAACUCACAGCAGCCAUCCGCGUUUGCAAUUCAGGAAGAGCUCCAUAAAGCCAUUGAUCUAGGAAACUUGCUGUCGCAAGCUGUCGAUCUGGCUAACGAAAAGAUUGUCAAGAUUCUCAAAGUUCGAUCAGAGCAGGCUAUCCACCUCCCACUUGACUUAUUCCUGCGAUAUUUCAACCUCAACUUAUUCUUUACAUACGAAUGCGAAGCGAUAUCUGGAAGAAGUUGCUCUACACUGAAGACUGUGGUUAACAACCAUAUCAAGGAGUUUGUACAAAAAUAUCGCGACGCUGAAAUGCAAAAGCUUGCCCAGGGGAUGGAAUCAGACCAAUGGGGUGCCAAGGACUUUACAGACGAGAACACUCUGCUCUUGAACCAGAUCCUCGAGUGCAGUACCCAUGACAUAGAAGCUUGGACCGAGAACAGUAGGAUAUGGAUUCCUUUCGAGAGUCCAAAGAAACUGAGUUCGGAUAUUGGCUCAUCGGAAGCAAACGGUGCUAGCAAGGAAAAGGUUCGAAACGCAGUCAUUGAGUCGGAGAAAUUCGUGCUUCCGAAUUCUGCCGUGCUAUGCCUUGACGGUAUGGGAGAUUUCCUGCAGUUGAUCGCCGGAAUCCCAUCCAUGACGUCGGAUAUUGCAACGUCUUUGGUAGCUUACCUGCAGCUCUUCAAUUCCCGAUGCUUUCAACUCAUCCUGGGAGCCGGUGCUACUCGAUCGGCCGGCCUGAAGAAUAUCACAACGCGACAUCUAGCUCUUGCAUCUCAGGCUUUGGCAUUCAUGGCUACCUUGAUCCCUCAUGUGAGAGAGUAUGUUCGCCGUCAGGCAGGCUCCGGCGCCAAUGUCUCCAAUCUAAUGGGAGAGUUUGACAAAAUUCGACGAUUGUUUCAAGAGCACCAAGACAACAUCCAUCAAAAACUGAUUGAAAUUAUGAGUGGCCGUGCUGUUAAUCAUGCAAAGAGCAUUCGAGCCAUCAACUGGGACACUGACACUUCCGAGGGACCACACUCGUACAUAGAGAUGCUCGUCAAAGAGACAACAACGUUGCACCGUGUCCUGACCAAGCAUCUUCCCGAAACGUCCAUCCAACUCAUCAUGGUGCCUGUAUUUGCAAGCUACAAAACCCAGCUCGGAGAUGCCUUGCGGCAAGCAGCCGUAACAACGAAGGCUGGUCAAAGGCGCAUGAUGCAAGACGUAGACGUCUUUGGUGACAAGUUGCUAAGGAUUGACGGGUUUGGCGAUGCCGGCGAAUUCCUCGCCAAUAUUGUCAGGUCAAAGAAGGUUGAGGAAGAUUCAUCUACCACGACUACAACUACAGCUGCAACUGCAACUACAACUAAUGGAACAAGUGAUUCAAAGACAGAGGAGAAGGUUGAAUCGGAAUCAAAGAAAUCUUCAGAGGAGUCACCAAAGGAGUGA